ACGCCUUCUGCUCUCUUCUUUCGCAGGAUAAUAUCAACGUCUUUUUGAAAGCUUGUGAGAACCUGGGAUUAAAAGAAGCUCAGCUUUUUCAUCCGGGUGACCUUCAGGAUUUAUCUAAUCGAGUUACCGUCAAACAAGAAGAAACCGAUCGAAGAGUAAAAAAUGUUUUGAUUACCUUGUACUGGCUGGGCAGGAAAGCAGCCCGCAGCCCUUCUUAUCAUGGACCCCACCUGGAUUUGAAAGCCUUUGAGAAAUUGCUUGGACAAGCUUUGACCAAGGCCCUCGGGGAAUCUUACAGCCCCAAACAAAGUGGAAGGGACAGCGGAUACGGGGAUUUUUGGUGCGCUGAACGCAUUGAUCCUCUUUCAUUGUCCACUAGCCACAAGCGGGACGAUUCCUUAGACAGCUUGGACUCUUUUGGCUCCCGAUCUUCUACCAGCUUCUCUUCGGAUCUCACUCUAAAAGGCGGCAGUGAAGAUUUUGAGAGUGACACCGAUUCUGAAACCCGCGCCAGAAUGCAUGAUCCCGGGAAAGACGACAUGUCCUAUCGCCGAGUUGCCUUAAUUGAACCCAAGCCGGCUGCAGAAUUCAACCGCUUCCUGCCCAGCAAAACCAAGGCACCAACUUACAUGCCAGCGCCCUUAAGAAAGAAGAGAAUCGAGAAGAACGAGGAUAACAGAAGAAGCUGGGCGAGUCCUGUCUUUACUGAACCGGAUGGAAAUUUUUCGAGGCUGUUGCAAAAGAUUUCUGAGGAACAUGGGAGUAAAUCCUUGAACGACGUCCGUGCAGAUGAGCUGCAAACGAUCCGGCAGAUGCUUACGAGAGCUCCAGAAAUAAAAACUCAGCUGCGGGAACAAGACCAACAGUGGCAAGAUGAUUUGGCGAAAUGGAAAAGUAGGCGCAGGAGUCACACCUCUGAUCUGCAAAGGAAAAAGGAGGAGAGAGAAGAAAUUGAGCGAAAGAUGGAAAGCUCAGAACGGCGCAGCAAAACCCUGAGAGAAAUGCAGAGAGACAGAGAGAGGCGAGAUCAAGCUCCUCUGAGGAAUUCUUGGCAGGAGACGGAACAAAUGUAUUUCUCGAACGAUGACGUCUUUCGGGAAGAGAAAGCGUCUCCCAAAGUUUGCAUUCCAACCGAGGCAAAUGGAGGCUUGAAAAGGGAAGACGACCAGGAGCCGAGGAACCGGAAAUCGGAGCGUGGGGUGAAGGAUGAGUCUCUCACCUCCGUAGACAGCCUGGCCGGAGAAAAAACGGAGUCCCCUUUGCCCAGUUCCCAGUCCGCCAAUGCCCAAACUGGAUCUGGCCGCGUUUCAGCCUCCCUAUUGAGGAGUUAUCAGAAGACGGACACAACCAGGUUGACAUCGGUGGUCACCCCGAGGCCGUUUGGAGCCCCUAUGAGAGGAAUCUCCUCGCUUCCCAGGUCCUUUACGAUGGAUGCAGCUGUGAAAUACAAUGGAGGACUGGAAGGGCCCAGGGGUGCUCAGUCAGGGCACAGCAGGGGCUCUGAGCCCAGAACAGGAGGAGUGCAAAGCCAAGGCAAGAUGGAGCACCAAUGCAGAAGAACAGCAAAACCAGAAGAAGCCACUUGCUGGAGGAGCAGAGAAGUGGAACGCCCGAGUCGGAGCCUAAACCAAUCAUCACACCAGUACCAACUCAAUGACUGUCACAUCUUCUGCCCCAAGGAGAGAACUCUUUCAGCGACUGAGGAGUCAAGACGGCACGAGCAGUACAGUGAUAUGAGAAUCAGUAUAAAUCAGAAACCAGGCAGCAGUCGACUUGGAUUUGCUGUGUCCCAGAAUCCUUCUUGUGUCUUCGUGAAAUCAAUAGAAGAAGGAAGCCCUGCAGAUUUUUGCCAGUUAAAAGUUGGGGACGAAAUCCUAUCCGGGAGCACCGGCAUUUCAUACCUGGAGCAGGACGAGUGGGAAGCAGCCAUCAACCAGGCCUUGGAAAAUGGAUGCCUCGUCAUGGACGUCAGGCGGCAUGGGAAGAAGGAUUGGGGCAAAGACCAGCCUUUCCCGCCAUUUGCAAGGCACAAAAUCCUCAAUCUUACCAGUAUGGCUACCAACAUUAUAGGUACCCCUGAAAACAAAUGGAUUGAUGCCACAUCAGGAGACCGCACUUCGACACAAAGUCAACAGACGUCAGAAAAGGAGGUGCACAGCCAUUUGAAGAAUGAUGGUUCUGAAACAAAAGUCAAUGGAAUGCAAAAUGAUACAAGCUCCUAUGAACGAAAAGACACAGAACCUAUUUCUUUGAAAAACUUAAAAAGGCGUUCCCAGUUUUUUGAACAAGGAGGCCAGGAACCUGCAAUACUUGACCUCCCUGUCCCACCGAUUACGCCUUCCAGCCGCUGGAAUUGGGAUCAAGAGGAAGAAAGGAAAAAGCAAGAGAAAUGGCAAGCGGAGCAGGAGCGCUUACUCCAGGAGCAGUAUAAGCGUGAGCAAGAGAGGCUUAAGGAAGAGUGGCGGAAAGCCCAGCAGGAGGCGCAAAAGGACAUCCCCAGUUACUUAAAGGAGGAACAGACUAACCUGACAUCCCCUGCUAUGACUGGGAGUUUACAGGAGGCCCCAACUUCUUUGUGGGAAAGAAAUGGAAGUAACAGGACUGCUUAUCUUAGUUCUGAAAGAAAUUGGGAAGUGGAAAGCAAGCCGGAGAAUCAGGUGAAAGAUGGUGAGCUAGUGAGAAGCAGCUUACAACAACAAGGAGUGUUACAGGUGGAGCAAAAGAAAAAAUUACAAGAAAUAGAAAAUGGGAAGGAAUGGAAUGGACAAGACACAGUGUACUAUGCAAAGGAACCAAGUUAUUCAGAAGAAGUACCUCAAAAACCACAGGAAGAACCUGUCAAGGAAUCAAGGCAUUGGGAAGAAACAUCUCAAAAUCUUCUGAUGGACCCAGUUAAAGAACAAGAACAUGGUGAAGAAAUAUCUCAGAAUCUGCUUUUUGAACCCAUCAAAGAACAAGGGUAUCAGGAAGAGACAUCUCAAAAGUUAGUGCUGGAACAACUCAAGGAACCAAAGUUUUGGGAAGAAAUAUCAUACAAAACCCACGUAGAAACAAUCAAGGAUUUAAGAUACCAGGAAGAAACAUCUCCAAACCUGCUGAUGGACCCUAUCAAGGAACCAAGGCAUCAGGAAGAAGCAUCUCGGGACCUGCUGAUGGAACCUAUCAAAGAACCAAGGUAUUGGGAAGAAGCAUCUAAGGACCUGCUGAUGGAACCUAUCAAGGAACCAAGGUAUCGAGAAGAAGCAUCUCGGGACCUUCUGAUGGAACCUAUCAAGGAACCAAGAUAUUGGGAAGAAGCAUCUAAGGACCUGUUGAUGGAACCUAUCAAGGAACCAAGGUAUCAGAAAGAAGCAUCUCAGGACCUUCUGAUAGAACCAAUCAAGGAACCAAGGUAUCAUGAUGAAGCAUCUCAAAAGCUGUUAAUAGAACCUAUCAAGGAACCAAGGUAUCGGGAAGAAGCAUCUCGGGACCUUCUGAUGGAACCAAUCAAGGAACCAAGGUAUUGGGAAGAAACAUCUAAGGACCUGCUGAUGGAACCAAUCAAGGAACCAAGAUACCAGGAAGAAGCAACUCAAAAGCUGUUAGUGGAACCUAUCAAGGAACCAAGAUACCGUGAAGAAGCAUCUCAAAAGCUGCUGGUGGAACCAGUCAAGGAGGUUUCCAUGCAAAGAUUUCAGUAUCAAAGACAUUAUGAAUCACCAAGAGUCUCCAAUGAGCAAGGAAAUCACUUCAAUGUCGACAGAAAUAAAUCCAGAUCAACUACUGAUUUAGACAAUCCUCAGACCAGUGGGCUGAAGAAGAAGUUCUCUGAGCAAUCUUGGAACACCACCAACUCGCUGAAAAGAUCUCAGAAGGAACAGGGCUUGUCAGCUGCUGAGUUGGAAAGGCAGCAGAUUCUUCAGGAAAUGAAGAAAAGGACCUCUCUGCACACGGACAGCAGCUGGAUCCGGCAACGCAACGCCAGCGUUCACAAAGAGCCCUUCAGUCUGACCGGCACUAGAAUGAGGAGAGGUGAGAGCUUAGAUAAUCUUGACUCUUCAAGAACAAACUCCUGGAGACCUCAUUCCUGGAUGAACCAGUCUGCAUCUUCCACAUCUUUGUCGAGCAGCCAAGAGUUUGGCCAGCAUAUUCCUCCAGUGGUGUCCACCUCCAAUCGGGCCUACAUGCGCACCCCAUCUUCCAGUCUUCCCUCUCCUUCCUCUGCAUCUAUGACAACAUCUUCCUUGCCCCAUAUCCCCCCAUCACCUUCUGUUCCUCAAGCUCCGUCGCCAACCUCUUCUCAGUCUGGGACGCAACAGCGCAACAGGUCGGUGAGUGGAAAGCGAAUGUGUUCCAGCUGCAGAAACACUCUGGGCAAAGGAGCGGCUAUGAUCAUCGAAUCUCUUGGCCUUUGCUAUCACUUACAUUGUUUUAAGUGCGUUGCUUGCAAGGGGGACCUGGGUGGAUCACAGGCUGGAGCAGAAGUCCGUAUACGGAACAACCAACUCUUCUGCAACAGCUGCUAUCUCAGAUUUAAAACUGGACACACAACCGCCAUGUGAUCCAAAUAUAUGAAGAGGAAGCCUCUGCAACAGACAGAGAAGGAAACGGCUGCUUCAAAUCUAAAAAUAUUCGGAGUGGGGUGUGUUUUGUAGGACCAGGAGUUUGCCUGUCUAGAUCAUGUAGAAGAUGCACUAAACUGCAUCCUUCGUUUAAAAAAAAAAGCCCCUAUUUUGAAGUAUUUAUGAGAAAGCCAUCACAUUCUAGAGAGCUGCGCAGAACUUUGUGAGAAUUACAUUUGAAGACACGCAGAGGUGGUUGCAGUCUUUAUCUCAAGUUAAGCUACGCUUAAGUAAUAUUUCCCUUUCGAAACUGUCCACUUCACUUUAUUCAAUAUCCCUUUGUGCUUUAAUGGUGAAAUCCAGCUGGGGAAAUUUGUGAAAGAUUCUUUAUCGUCCCGUGUUUGAAAAAUGUAACUCUCCGUGCACCUCAUAAACAGGUUAAUAUAACUGAAGAAUUUUUUUUCCUUCUGUUUUCUUUUGUAUUUGUAAAUAAAGUUGCUGAUGCUGCACUUAGA